AUGCAGGCUGGGCUGCCAGCUGGCGGAGGCCGCUGGUGUCACUGCUGCGGAGCGGCGGUGUGGUGGUCGCCCGCCUCUGCGAAACCGCCUCACCGGGGCGGCGUGCGCUGUGAGCUCCUCGCGCUCCUGCGGAGCGCGCCGAGCGCUCGGGCCGAGGUGCGGCGCGGAGCCGCGGGCCCGCCGCGGCACGAGGCUCCGCGCCCUGGAGCUGGCGCCAGGUGCCCGGCCCCGCAGGGCGCCCUCGGGGAGGCGAGGACCCUGAAGGACAAGCUCGAGGAAAAGAGGCCGAGCGUCCAGGCCCUGGCGCAGCGGCGCUGCCGGGAGCUGGGCUGCGGAGCCGUCCGCAGCGCGAGCGGCGGCGAGGGCAGCGACGAGGAAGGCGCGCAGGGCUGCAGCCUGGCGCGCGACGCCGAGUCCGAGGAGGAGGCCCUGGAGAAGAAGGCCGAGGUCGACUGGACCCUGGACGACGAGGAUGACGCCGACGAGGGGCGCGACAACGUCGACGGCGUGGCCGAGGAGCACGAGGGCGACGUCCCCGACUGCGAGGGCAGCGACGCCGCCGCCGACCUGGACUGCUCGGACGGCGACCCUGGUGGCCGCGACGGCACGACCCCCCUUCAGAGCCCAGACCCUCUGGGUGUGCUGGACGGCCUGCUCGCCCCGAGGAUGAGGGCGAUCGAGGAUGAGCUGGAGGCGAUCGAGGAUGAGCUCGCGGCAGGCGCCGUGGACGACGCCUUUGGCAGGCUCAUGCAGUCGGCCAUGCCAGAGCUGGACGGAGGCGCCGUGCAGCUGGACAGCGAGCUGGGCAGCUAG